GGGGGGUGUGGGGUGGGGAUGGGGGGGGAAUGGUUUGCAAGUCGACAAAACGCGUGAGGCGGUGGCAGGUCUGGACUCUUGCGGCUGCCGUAGGGUCGGGCGCGGUGUGUGUGUGUGUGAGUGAGUGACAGAGAGAGUCGCAGUCGGAGCGCGUCAGUGAGAAGGAGGGAGAGGGAGAGGGGGAGAGGGAUGUCGGGUCGCGGCGGGGAGGGGGUUCGCGGGGCCUUGAGGAGCUCAGCCCGCGGGGCUCGCACUCUGGGCCGAGGCCGGGGCCUGGGUUUGGGUCGGGGCCGGGGACAGGGCCGGGCCCGCGGGGCUGAGAGGUACAAGAAGCGGUUGGGCAGCCUGAGGGAAGGGCAGGGCUUUGCUUUCCAGAGGAAGCAGAAGAUUAAACAUGAUUACAAUAAGUUACUCAGAAAAGAGAGGAAAGCACACCCUCCUCGAGAAGUGGAUUACACCGAGAGUUACCCCGACCAUUUGCGACAUCUCUAUCUAGCAGAAGAAAAAAUGCUUCGGAAACAAUCAAAGAAAUUAGAAGAUGAAAAGAAAACUGCAUCAGAAAGCCAACCUGAUAUCCAAGAAGAAACGAUAAGAAAGAAAAAGAACAAAAUGUCAUCGUAUCAAAAAAUCAAUGAGGAAUACAACCGACUUCAGGCAGAACGUGCAAAGUUGAAAGCCGAGGCUGAGAAAAGGCAACGAGAAAAGGAAGAGGCGCAAAAGAAAUAUCAGGAGCAGAAACAAGAGAAGUACAAAAUACUCAGUCAGAAAACGAAAAAAGGGCAGCCAAACUUAAAUGUACAAAUGGAGUAUCUGCUUAAGAAAAUAGAACAAAACCGGGAAACAAAAUAGGAUCAUAUGCUUCCGAUCUCAACAUUCAGCUGACAUUUUGUUACCAUGGCUAAAAUUGUUGUUUUAGAUGCCGUUGACACCAGAAUUUAAGUGCAACCUAUUUUUCAGAAGACAAUAAUAUUGUAUUUGUGUACACUUCGUGUUUGCUGUAAUCAGUUGGAAAAAUGCGAUGAAAAUGAGAAUCAGAUGCAACACGCCAACACAACACCUGGAAAAAUACCCUUUAAUUUUCUCCUGAAGUAUUGCUAAAUAAUUAUUAAAACUAUGGAAUCUACUUUCUGUUUUAUUAUAUGUAUGGAUAGUUCCAUAAGGAUUUAUUUUUUUCCUAUGGAAAGUAUGUUACUGAUUUUUGUCAUAAAGCAUUGUUCUAAAAGUG